CGUCAUGUGUGCGGUCGGUCCAGGUCGUCGUCGUUGUCAUCGUCGUGUUUGUUAGUUUGAUUGUAGGCUCUCUCUCGUCGACGACGCAGCGGAGGGAUGAAUUGUCAUGACGGGGCCCUGGGCGGCGGAGCCACAGUUGUCACUCAUGCGAGUGUGGCGGGUGUUGCUGUUGUUAUCCGCACUUCCGGAGCACUUUCAAGCUUGAGUUUGAGCGUGUGACAAUUCAAUCGAGAUCACUGGAGCUAGGUUGACUUUGCGUUGUGAACCGAAACUUUCGUAUACACAGUGGCUCUGUUGGACGGCUCUAGUAGGACUCGCCCUGGUUACAGAGGUUUCUCGUCGUCCUGAGUCUAGUUUUUUCAGAACGUGGUGUGUUGAUUGCGAAAUUGGUUAUGUCCAACGAGAUUUGAAAUCGCUGCGGGAGUAGUGUCUCUCAGGGUAGAGUGAGACCCGUUGUCUAAUUAUGAGCUCAGGGUUGUUUCGUGAUCGUCAAAGUUUCGGUGCAGGAGUAGGUAGAUGAUAUUUCCUACUUUUGUGGUGGAAUAUGAUCCUCGAUGGCAAGUUGCAAUGACCUUGUGAAGUACUUUCAGUAAUCUCCCCUGUCCCAAGCCUUCUAUUCUUCGUGCCAUGUCAACGAAUCGACCCCGCGGCGAAUUCAUUUUUUCAUUUAUUAUUUUUGGAGAUGACGCCUGUCCUGACGGCGCCCGUCACCUGCUUGAUGUUUCAGCAGGCUUUUGCUGGAAUUGAGGUUGUCCAAAGGAGAGAUCAUGCGAUUCUGGAAUGAUUUUCAUGUGAGUGUUUUCGACGUUUUGUAUGAGUGAACAGCCAUGGAAACUAUCAAGGAGAGGAGCUAUUACAAUUUGAAACUGAGCUAUGUUGAACAGAUUACCUGGUGGUCACCUUGUUUUGUGCUUCAACAUAAGAUGUUCAUAGAGAAGGGACGUCGAUUUCAGAGGUGAAGCUUGAAAGACUGGGGGAUUGGCUGACAAUGAGGGAAAGCGGAGCACCUCUCCUUUCUCAGACAGCGGAUGAAGCGUUGGAUCUGAUAGUGGCAAUAAUACCCAAGGACGUGAUGCAGACGUUCGAAGUUGAGCGGGAAAGUCUCAUUGCAAGUAACAACCAUGUUCAAAACCCGUAUGCAUCAGUUGCAUCAAGGGAAGGUCUCUACCACCGCAUCUGUCCUUACAAGCAAAUUCACCAACUAGCAGUUAUUGGUCUUCUAUUGGAUGGAAUGUUUGUAGCCUACUUGUCUGCUCUUCACAUGGGCUACCUGAGCUCGGAGGAAUCAACUAUGUUCUCAUUUACAGAUAUCCCGCCGUCUCUUACAUCGGCAAAUGUUACUCCUACGGCUUUCUUGAACAAUUCAGGCUCAAAUACCUCUUCUGUUGAAUCUCCUUCUGCGCACCUAAACGCUAGCACGGAUGAUUUCUUUCGCGUGGAUGACAAUGUGACUUUCCACGACCCAAUCCCUGCUCCAAGCCUUGGAUCCGAGAAGAGCCCUGGGUUUAUGGAGACUCCAACUUCAAUGAUUUAUUUCCAGAACAGGUCAGAAACAUGGCACACCAUGAGCGACAAGGAUCUCUUGAAGAAAGCAUCGUCCUUUCAGCCACUACAAGAAGCUUCUGUAACAUUGAUUGCGUACAUGUUCAUGACAAGAGGGCCGCUGCCCUUUGCCUCUCUUUGGGAAAGAUACUUUCGUGGUCACGAGAAUAUGUACAGCAUUUACAUUCAUGCUCAUCCUGACUACGUGCCAACCACAGCCACGGGCUCCCCUUUCUUUCAACGCUUCAUUCCUAGCAAGAUUGUAGAAUGGGGUAAGCUGUCGGUUUACGAGGCUGAGAGGCGGCUUCUUGGCAAUGCGCUGCUCGAACAGACAAACAAGUGGUUCGUUCUUCUCUCCGAAUCGUGCAUCCCGGUUUUCAACUUCCCCGAUGCAUACAAAUACUUCAACCACUCGCACGAAAGCUUUGUUGAAUCGUAUGUAGAUUCAGGGCGACUUGGUCACGGGCGUUUGUACCGAGAAGAUUACAAACAUAUGGCACCUGAGAUCACGCCCAAAAACUUCCGGAAGGGGAGUCAAUGGUUUCAGAUUAAUCGGCAUCUGGCUCUCGUAGCAGUUGCAAAUUCAAAAGAAUACAUGAAAUUUGAGAAAUACUUUUGCAAGAUUCGCUCGGUUUGCUACAUCGACGAGCAUUGCCUUCCCACAUUGGCAAGCGAUUGCGUAUCGGACACUCACAUUCUUCCAGUUCCAUGGUAAGUCGUCGCAUCCGAAGCUGUACGAAAGCGUGGACACAGAUGCGAAGUUGAUCCAAUGAUUUCGAGAAGGGCACAAUUGCACAUACGAUGGGCAACCGACUUCGAAAUGCUUCCUUUUUGUUCGAAAAUUUCAUCCAAACGCCCGAAAUGCUUUGCUCGACCUCGCCGGUCCUAUAAUGGGGAUCCCCUAAUUCAACCUCCUUCUUCGUCGUCAUUUUCUACUCUUGUCGAAAUUCAGACAACAUCACGAAGCUCUUGGGUUCGUGUUCAACUGAGACGAUACACUUUACAAUUCAGAGACACUACCCAACAGUCCUUGGCUGCAAUCCAGAUCAAAAUGCAGGUGAAUGCCAUUCAACUCAUUGAAAGACGACCUUCAGUUAUUAGUGGCUUUGCUCUGUGGGUGUUUCACGUUCACUGGUUCUCAUGAGAAUUUUCAUUUUACUUUUUGCAUUA